AUGACUCUGCCACGUCACGUAGUUGUUAAAUGGUGUGGACUGAUGACUUAUUCAAGCGCUCUGCAGCUUCAGCAGAAAUUUGUCGAACUUUUGCUUAGUAAGAAGCGUCAGCAGAAUGGUGCGAAGGAUGUAACCCUGCCCGUUCACAACACAGUUCUGAUGUUGGAGCACAGCCCUGUUUAUACGAUAGGCGUGAGAACGGCGCACUAUGACGAACUAGAGGAGAAGCGUUUGCGGAGCCUAGGGGCUGAUUUUCGGCGUACCGACCGUGGAGGCUUGAUCACUUUUCAUGGCCCUGGCCAGCUGGUUGUGUACCCGAUUCUCGCCCUCUCUGACUUUCGAUCCAGUUGUGCUGUCAAGUGGUACGUGACCAAAUUGGAGCAGUGUUUGAUCGACGUUUGCGGACGACUUGGUCUAAAUGCUUACGCGCCUGGCGUCCCUUAUACCGGGGUUUGGGAAAUUGUGCCUUGCGGUCUUGUCGGCAAGAAGGCGACUUCGCUUAGCAACCAGUUGCACCGAACUGUCACAGUCACAGACGCCAUCGUGCCAUUCGUCACUGCUUUCGCUGAACAUUUCAACUGUAUUGCUGUUUGUGAUUCAAAGAUAUAA